AUGAGGAAAGAGAGAAGAAGCAGAAACCCCGGAAAAAAGGAGGCGGAAACGGGUCGCUCUUUCUACUUUUUACGACCGCCAGCUCCUUCCUUUGAAGGAACAGCAUCUGACAGUCAGCUCGUAGUGGCCAUGAGCUUCCAACGGAGCCGGGAAGCAGCUACCGGAGUCGGCGCUUGGCAUGCGUUGCCGCACCUGUCCAGCAUCGACGAUCGUGACGAAAAUUGA